AUGAAUGUCUUCUCAGUACUGUUUACAGUGUCUCUGGUUGGACUCUGCCACUGUGGAGAGCUCGGUAGUCUCCGUAAAGAGACUGGAGAUGUCGUCUUGGACCUCUCUUCUCCGGACUCUUCUUCAUUAUCUCUGGGUGAUUAUCUGAUUCAUGGAGUGAGUCACAAGGCUUUUGUUCCCAAGGUUGGUAGCUUUUUAGUAGCCAUAGUGGAUAACAGGGAUACCCUUUGGACUUCUACGGACCCUCAAGAAGGAUGUACAGGUGCCUACCUUUUUUCCAGGGAAGGACACUCUUCUCUUCUCAGUGUCUAUACAAGGGGUGCCGGAGAUGAGACCUUUUGUUUUGAAAAGGAUGCUGGAGCAUGGAAGAAUGUGGACAAGAGAUACUUCGAACAUAGGCUCCACUUAAUGAAGGACUUUUCUGCAUCUGCUGGUGAGAGGCUGGGAGGACCUGAGACUUUACCAGAAGACGCUGUAGGUGCUCCAAAGGAGCAUGCAGCUGAGCUUGAUUUUGCUACCCUCGGAUGCCCAUUGGAAGGAUUCUCAGGUACAGAAGCUAAGCCAAAGGUCACUCUUCCUCCCACAGAAUCUAACAAUAAUAGUGAAGAUGCGAGUGAAAACAAGGUGGAAGGAGGUGCUCCAGAUGAUGAGGAAGAGUCCGGAGAUAUCCCACCUGAAAGUUCUCCAAGUACCGCUGCAGAACCAUCACCAACUGAAGAUACUGAACAGACUGCCGUUUCUUCAAGUGACCCCGUAGAUCAGCAACCUACAGAGGUGAGUGAGCUUCAGGAGUCUGAGCCUUUACAGUCUACUGAAUCUCCUCAAGAAGUAGCAUAUCAACAGAGUGAGGCUCCUGUAGAGACCACAUCCGAUAAUGUACGAGAACCAGAGGUACCAGAAGAUUCCAAAGAUGACAACCCAGAGGUUACUCCUCAAGAAGUAGCAUAUCAACAGAGUGAGGCUCCUUUAGAGGAUCCCAAGCCAGUAUCUAAUGAGGAAGAAUCUAGUAAUGAGCAAGAGGAGCUAGGAGACCUUGAUGAUCAAGACUCUGAAGAGACUCUUGUAGAAGAAGUACAGCCAGAAGUUGCUCCUGCAGAAUCUCCAGAGGAUGAUGAACCUGGGAAUGGAUCAGAAAAGGAGUUUGGAGAUUCAGAGUCGACUGGGUAUGAAUCCAGUGACAAUAAUUUACCAGAAACUAAAGUAGAAGAGCCAGAAGAACCUGUAAGCCCUUUCCUGGAUAAGGUAGACUCUACUCUCUUUAAUGUAGAGAAUGGACAAGAAGACGGUGUUCCAGUUCUUAAACUCAAAGUCAAGGAGGGUAUUAAAGCUGAUAAGCUCACAUUCGGGGAUUUGACGCUAUGGCAGGGUCAAAAUUCCGGUGAUUCAUGCUCAACUGCCACCUUAUAUAUGGGAGAAAAUGAACCAAUAGCUGCUUCGUACAGAUUCAAGAGAGACGGAAAACUGAUUGAAGGUUACCGCAAGUUUGUAGAUGGCAACUGGUUCCAAGUCAAUAGUGCUGGCUUCAAGAAAUUGAUAGGGAAAGAUGAUCAUGUCACAAAACCUAAAGAACCAUCUACUAAUGGUGGAUCUAAAGAGAAUCUCAGAGCAGUUCCACCUCAACAUGGUGAAGUAUCCUCUGAAGAGGCUCAGGUAGAGGUUGCAUCCGAUACUGCUUUACAGGAGGGGGAGAAUGUGGACAAACCUGAGGUACCUCCAGAUGAAGAAUCUCCUGUAACAGCCUCAUCUGGACAGGGUGGUCCUGUCCUGGAUCUUGCAAAUCCUGACCAGUCAAAAGUACAUAUAGGUGACCGCUCUGGUAAUGGAGUAAAUUCCAAGAAGUAUUAUCCAAAGGAUGGAUAUGAUAUAGGCUCAGUGACAGAUGGAGAUAAAGAACUUUGGAAAUCAACCGGAGCUGGUCAAAAGUGUUGCUUCGCUAGGUUUUAUUCAAAGGGAGAAUCUAUUCUGGUUACAAUAGGGAUAAGCAAAGGUAGUGACUCGGAAGCUAAAUUCUUUGAGAAAGUUGGUGGACAGUGGAAGGGUCUUAAUAGGGAUGUCUUCUUUAAUAAAUUUAAUGAAAUGAUAAAGUCUUGA